UAAAGAGACAAUUAUUGAUAGCCAAGCUAAUUUGUGGUUCAAAUAAAUGGAAAUCAUUCCGGAAUCAUGCCGCCUGUGCUUAUCAAACAGUGCAGCAACCUAUCCAAUAUACGAGCGGCUAAGUUUGGCGGAAAUCGUUGAGCUUUUACAAGAUACCUUAGGAAUCCAGAUAAGUAAUUCAGAGGAAUACAUUAACGUGUGUAACGAAUGCGAAAUGAAAGCCAAACUUAUGUACACAAUUUCUUCCGAAUUUCGCACAUCCGACAAGCUCUUCUGUUCGUUCUUAGAGCAAAAACGAGCUUCUCAAGGCAUACCUCUGUCGGAUGAAGUAAAAGAUGCAAUUGACAUUGUAACAGUGAUGCCUCUGGAACCACUCACCGAAGAAUCAACAGUUAUCGUUGCAGAAGUACACUCAUCAAAACGAAACAUGGAAUCCGGAACGCAUUCAGAACUGAUAACUGAUGCCGACGGGUACUAUGAAAGCACUGAUGAUGAGGCAAACAAUGAGUGUGUGGAUGAUGUUGAAUAUUCUUUUAAUGAUCCCGAUUACACUAGUGAAGAUGAAAAACAUUUCAAGUUAAAAAUGGUAACUUGCUACAUUUGCAAAGGGUUUACUGGUGAUGGAACGUCGCUCGUUUCGCACUUGAACGAUCAGCACUGCUCGUUAUUGCCCUAUUAUUGCGACCAAUGCCUUGUCAGCCUAGAAGACCUAUUGGCCAUAAACUCUCACUAUCGAAGUCACGAAUUUCCUUUCGGGUGUUUGUUUUGCGAGGAGUUGUUUUCGAAUAACGAAGAUUUGUUAUUUCAUCAAGAUUCCUGUUUGGGAUACAAGUGUCAACAAUGCGCCUGCCAUUUUCAGUUUCUACAACACUUAAAAGAACACAAAUGCGGCGCCAGCAAGUCAAUACGGAUGCAAAACGUAAGUAAAAUGAUUGGAAGUCGUCGUCAUCAAGCUAGAUUCAUUCCGCAAACCUGCGGCAUGUGCAAUGAAGAUUUUGGCAAAAAUAGUCAGCUGGCAAAGCACUUCGAAAGAGAACACAGCGAUUUUCAGCUGCACUUGUAUAAUUGCGACAUUUGUCCACAAAAAUUUACUGUUAUAUUGGCAGCUCGAAUUCACCGUCUGACGCAUAAGAACGAUUGUGUAACGGUGAAACGACGUAAAAUACCUGCUGUAGAACGCAAUGAUUGUACUAUUUGCAAUCGUGUAUUUAAAUUUAACAAAGAACUUCUAACUCAUAUGCAAACCGACCAUGCCGAUGCAGACAUGGAGUUCCAUCAAUGCCUCAAGUGCGACAAAAAAUUUACUUCAGAGGCGAAAUUGCUGAAGCACGACUAUAACACGCAUCAAGGCAAACAGCCACAGUUUUUUUGUUCAUAUUGUGGACGAGUGUUUAACAAAAAAUUAGGACUUAAGGACCAUGAAAAUAUUCAUCGAGGUGUCAAGGCUUACCACUGCCAGGAGUGUAAUAAGGACUUCACCUAUAAAAGUACGUACGAUCGACACAUGCAAGUAGUGCACAGCGAUGCAAAACAUUUCACUUGUGAAUACUGUCAUAAGAGUUUUAAGCGAAAACCAACACUCAAAGUUCACCUUCGAUUGCACACCGGAGAAAAACCGUACCAGUGUGAGUUCUGCAGUAGAAGAUUUGUGGAUCCUAGUUCUUUUCAUAAGCAUAAAGCAAAGGAGCAUGGAUGGAAGUCAAACUACUGACUGAUACAUUUGUCUAAGAAUAAUGUAAGGAAACUAUGAACUACAAGUAUUUUUAAUAAAUAUACAUAUUCGCCAUACCGAUCGGAGCCGGAUCCGAUCAGAAAUUGCGCUUUGAUCAGAAUACAACGUAUGCUAUGACACACGUCGAUCGGGUCAUUUCUGAUCGCAACAAGUUCGAUCGGAAUGCAGAAUCGAGGCCGAUUACUUUUGCUAGUUAGCCUAAUUUUUUUUUAAUUUGCUAAUCGAUAAAAUGUAAAUUUGAUUUCGAUCAAACAAACUGCUUACAAUAAAAGUAAACGAAAUU